UUUUUGUCAUAUCAAAAUUUGUUUUCCUUUUUUCAUUUUUUCAUUUCAUGGGUACGAGAAACUUCUCCGUUACGUCGGGUUGUUGAGUUUCAGCUUCAGCCAUGGCGGCGGCUUAGUCUAAUUCAGAAUCCUAAACCCAACAAUCAUUCAUUACUCCCUUUCACUUUACCAAGGCAAAUGGCUUCGUCACUCGCACUCCGAUUCAGAUCCCAUCUCCUUCGCACCGCUUCACUCCUCCCCUCUUCCCUCCGCCGCCCUCCAUUCCAACCCUCGUCGCCACUCCUCUCCGCCCAACGCCUCCUCUCCACGGCGCGCCGCUCGGCGCCACGCCCGCGGAAGUCGGUCGACAUCGGCGCGCGCGCCCGGCAGCUCCAGACGCGGCGCCUCUGGGCCUACGCCCUGACUUUCAGCGGCCUCGCAGGGUUCGUGGUGAUCGUGCUCAACAACUUUCAAGACCAGUUGGUGUUCUACAUCACUCCCACAGAUGCGCUUGAAAAGUACGCGACCAAUCCCUCCAAGGCGCGGUUCCGGUUGGGAGGCUUGGUUCUCGAAGGCAGCGUGGUUUACCCGGCGUCGAAGCCGGAGGUGGAGUUCGUCAUCACCGAUCUGAUCACUGACAUCGUUGUCCGGUACGAGGGUUCCUUGCCGGAUUUGUUUAGGGAAGGGCAUUCCGUGGUGGCGGAAGGGAUCGUGAAACCGUUCACGGAGGAGAUCAAGAAGGAGGUGUCGACAAAUAACGUGUCCGAGAAGGCCAGGAGAUUGGAGUGUUAUUUUUCUGCCGUGGAGGUUCUCGCUAAGCACGAUGAGAAGUAUAUGCCGAAAGAAGUUGCCGCUGCUAUUGAGAAGAAUAAGAAGAUUAUUGAAGAAGCUGCCGCUGUCAGCGUAGCGGCGGAGGUACCCAAGACCACCUAGAUGGAUAUUCACGGAGCAGUCUUUCUAUUCUCCCCUGCCUCGUCUUACAAAAGUCGGUUGGCGGUAAAGAAAAAAUAAACAAAAACGUAGCUUUACCUGUUCCAGUCUUCAUUUUUUUUUCCAAUUUAUAGGAUUAUUAACUUGUGAUACGUGUUGAAUUAAAGUUUCCAGCUCUCGUGGUAA